GCCGCCGCAUUUCUGGGGCUCGGGGUGAGGGUGAUCUUGGCUCGGCUACGGCGGCUUGCCUGGGGCUGAGAAGCUGCUGGUUGCAUCUUGCGGACGGCGGUCGGGGCCAGCGCCUGUCUCCAUCUGGGUGGGGAGGUGCGGAGCCGGGCGAAGCCGCGCGGGCACCAGGGAGACGCCGCGGCCCGGGUCAGGAGGCCUGUCCGCGCCGUCUGGACGGCGGUGCCCCGCGCGUCGCUGGCGCCCGGAGCCUUGCGGGGACGGAGCGCCCGUGCCAGACCUACCUUGUCAGCACUCUGCUCUCCCUUGACAGGAAGACUAAGAAGGAAAGAGUGGCAAUGGAUUUGCUACCCACUGAGGUGACAGAGUCAGUGACAUUCAGGGAUGUGGCUGUGUUCUUCAGCCAGGACGAGUGGCUGCGCCUGGACUCUGUGCAGAGAACCUUGUACCGGGAGGUGAUGCUGGAGAACUAUAGCACCCUGGUCUCGCUGGGGAUUCCAUUUUCAAUGCCAAAGGUGAUCUGCCAGCUGCAACAAGGAGAAGAUCCCUGCACAGUGGAAAAAGAAAUCCCUCAAGACACCUGCCUAGGUUUCAAGACUUGGCCUGAAAUAGAAGCAUUGCCUCCCAGACAGGACAUUUUUAUAGAAGAAACAUCUCAGGGAAUAAUGAAUAAAAAGGCCAUUAAGUUUGGUCAUUGGGACAUAAAGUUUGGAGAAGCUUUGGAAUUUGAGAGCAGGACAGAACAGGAGCAACAGAAGAAGCCUCUUAGGCAAAUGGUAGCCUCAAACAAGAAAACCAUUAGUGGAGAUGGAAACCAUACAAGUCUUGAAUUGGGGAAAGGCUUAUUUAUAAAUACAAUUCUUGUUACACAACAGAGUGUUCCUGUAGAAGGGAUACCUAAUAUAUAUUAUAAUUUUGGGAAAGAUUUUAAACAGGAUUUUGAUCUAAUGAGAUGCUUCCACAUUUAUCCAAGAGAAAAACCUCAUAUUUGUAAUGAAUGUGGGAAAAGCUUCAAUCAGAGUCUUCAUCUUAUUGAACACCAGAGAAUUCAUACUGGUGAGAAACCCUACAAAUGUAAUGAGUGUGGGAAAAGCUUUAGCCAUAGAUCGUCCCUUCUUGCCCACCAGAGAAUUCAUACUGGAGAGAAACCUUACAAAUGUAAUGAAUGUGAGAAAGCAUUUAGCAGCAGUUCAACCCUUAUCAAACAUCUGAGAGUGCAUACUGGGGAGAAACCCUAUCAAUGUAAGGAAUGUGGUAAAGCCUUUAGCCAGUGUUCAACCCUCACUGUACAUCAGAGAAUUCAUACUGGAGAGAAGCUGUAUAAAUGUGGUGAAUGUGAAAAGGCCUUCAAUUGUAGAGCGAAACUUCAUAGACAUCAAAGGAUCCAUACAGGUGAGAAACCCUAUAGAUGUAGUGAAUGUGGGAAAGGUUACAGCCAGCUUACAUCCCUGGCUGAACAUCAGAGGCUUCAUACUGGAGAACAGGUGUGUAAAUGCUUGGAAUGUGGGAGAACUUUUACACGCAUCUCAACCCUUUUUGAACAUCAGCGAAUUCAUACUGGACAGAAACCCUAUCAAUGUAAUGAAUGUGGGAAAACCUUCAACCAGUAUUCAUCCUUUAAUGAACAUCGGAAAAUGCAUACUGGGGAAAAACUUUAUACAUGUGGAGAAUGUGGGAAAGCCUUUGGCUGCAAAUCCAACCUUUGUAGGCAUCAGAGGAUUCACACUGGAGAGAAACCCUAUCAGUGUAAUCAGUGUGGAAAAGCUUUCAGCCAGUAUUCAUUCCUGACUGAACAUGAGAGAAUCCAUACUGGAGAGAAACUCUAUAAAUGUAUGGAGUGCGGGAAAGCCUACAGUUACAGAUCAAAUCUUUGUAGACACAAAAAAGUUCACAAUCAAGAAAAACUCUAUAAAUGGAAGGAAUAUGGGAUCACAGAUUUCUUAGAGGAGAUAAGCCAUGUGAGGUUUAAUUCGUCUCUCAAAUAAUUCAAGACUUCUCAUUGGAGACGAAUCAGGAGAAUAAUAAAUAGCACACAGACUCCUGAUAGAAGAAGUCUUUUUUAUUUCUCCUGGAGAAAAUAUGCUAGUUACCACUAAGUAAUGGUGAAAUUGAUCAAUGAAAAUAUGAAGAGCACUGCCUUGCCAAAUUUUAUAAGAACCAUUAAAUUCUAAGGUUUCUAAAAACGUAUAAAAACUUCUAAAUUCAUAGAAAAAAUGUAAAAGGCCUUUUUUUAGAAAAACAUGAAAAUAAUGGAAUGUAAGUUUUGUUUCAUUAGAUUUUAUUCUCUUUCUAAGAGUAACCUUUAAGAUGAAUUUUCUUUAUUAAGCUCACUUUUUAUGAACUGCCUUACCAGCAAUUAUAUAUAUAAAUAUGCAUAUGUACACGUGCACGUAUGUAUGGUGUGUACAUAUAUACACACAGUUUUUGAAUAUAUAUAUAUUUUUUCCAAAAGUCUUUGAUGAUUUAAAAAAUGUGGUUUUAUUAAUUUAGAAUUUAGUUUUGAAAGUUAAAAUUUUCCCAAAUGGAGUCUCUCUUCCUUUACCUUUCCUUCAUUAUUUCUUAAUUUGAUACAAUUCCACGUACUGAAUAGAGUCAUAUUAUAGUAUUACAGAAGGUGGAGUAAAGUGAAGCAAGUAAAGAGACUCAUUGCAAAUACUUUCUUAGACCCAGAUUUUGGUUUCUAAAUGCCAUUCCCCACUAAAAGGAAGAAGGACUCCUUGGAGAAAUGGCUGAUUCCCUAUUUGGAGUGUAAGCUGUGCCUGGAGGACCUUUUUAUAAAACAAAACAAAAAGAAGAUAGCACUUGGAGACUAAGGGGAAAAUGUCAGAAGGACAUGAGAGCCAACUUGAAGGCACUCCGACUAGUCAAAUUUAGGACAAUUUAAACAUCAAAAAGAAUAAUCACUAAUUACUUAUAACAUGGUAAGUAAAAAUAAAGUAAAUCCGUGAUGAAAAAUUGAGAAAAAAGGAAAGCUCUUUAUAAACUUAUUUGAAGAAUGCCAUCUUUUAAUUGUACAUGGAAUGAUAGAUUUAGAAAAAAAUAAUCAUUUACAAUGCUUAAUGUAACUAAAUCAGGCACAUUCAAUGGAUGGUAAAACCCAUUAGGUGAAAAAAAAUUAAAGAUCAUUAUUUACAUGGUGUCUAAAGAUCACAGAUACCAAUUGCAAAGGAAAGGUAUGCCUUUAUCAUGGAGAGAUCAGGCUGUCAAACUGAGUUUCACUACUAGUGGGACAACCUGACAUUAUGUGACUCCUGAUGAGAUGCAGCAUGAAGCACACAUGAUCAUCCGUGAUGUAUUCUUGCCAAAAAUGUUCAAUGAAAAUCUAAUUAAAUCUCUUAUCUAGACUUAUCUUCCUGUUUGCAAGAAAUAUAGGGAAUAGAGGAACAAGUUGAAUUACUCAGUGAGGAAGUAGACAAACCCAGAGUUUCGGACAUUUUACAAGACAACUGUUCUGGAUUUUUCAAAAAGUCAGUGUAAUAAAACAAAAGGUGGACUCUUCUAGAUUAAGACAUUCAAGAGACAUUACCAAAUGCAAGGUGUGAUCCUUAAUUGGCUUCUGAUCCAGAAAAGUUAAAACAACUAUGAAAGACAUUUGGGGGGACACUUGGGGAAAUAUGAGGGUGAAAUGGGUAGUAGAUAAUGUGGUAUGUUUAAACUUCUUAUAAGUGAUAAUGGUAUUGAGGUAUAUAGGACAAUGCCUUUAUUCUUAGGAGAUGCAUGUAAAAGUUUUCAAGUUUGAAAAGUCAUGAUAUUUGCAGCAUAUUUUCAAAUAAAAAUGUAAAAGAAAUAGUCAACUGUUGUUGAAUCUUUGCGGGGGAUAUAGAGAUCUUCAUUGCUCACCCUUUAAACUUUAAGCUUUUCUGUAUGUUUAAAAUUUUAAUAAUAAAAAAUUGAGGCAAAAUGUGACCAGAUAAAGUGAGGAAUAUGCAGCUUCCAGUCAGGAUUCUUCCUUUAUACUCUCAUAAAUUUCCUGUUUGAGAGUGUAUCCUCUAGGGAUGUAAUCAUUGGAAAUAAAAUAACUUUUGGUUGGUUCUCGUUCCACUUUAAAUGGAGUAAGCACACACCACCUUAUCUCUCCUACUAAGUAUAACUAAAAACCCUGGAGAGAAUGCGUGGAGCAGCUGUCUGAGGACCCUGAAAAGAAAUGGUAGUAGGCAGAUUUGGGAAGGAAACCAGAAUUUGAAGUAAGACCAGUUUAGCAGAUCCACACAUUCCUGUGGUGAAGACAGUGGUGGCUGAGCAGGCAUUUAAACCUCAGAGAGAGAAGAACCCUUGUCUCUGGUCAGUGGAACUGUGGGCCAAAAGGUUGGGGAAAGCCCCAUUACCUUUCUUCUGUCACUGUCUUCCUGGUACUUGGACCUAGAGGUAGAUGUAUCUAUGAGAUGUGUAGCAGAGAGCAGAACCUGAGGCCUUAGAUUUUUAACCAGAAGACCAUGAAAAGGAAGUGGCCCCUGGGAGCUGGAUGUGUCAGGGUGGUGACAGAGAAAAGGAACCUCAAGAAAGUGAUCUAAAGUUGAGUAUGUGGGCCGGCCCUGUGGCUUAGCGGUUAAGUGCGCGCGCUCCGCUGCUGGUGGCCCAGGUUUGGAUCCCGGGUGCGCACCGACGCACCGCUUCUCCGGCCAU